CAUGAAAGCCACUCUGUGGUUGUGGUCGCUGGUGACAGUGCUGGCGUGCGUCAGUCAACGGGUGUCCGCGGGGCCGUACACAGACUCGAGGAUUAUACAGCCACAAGACAAUAGCCUGGUGGCACCCGCCAAAAGGACAAAACCGUCACUAUCGAUAGUGAACCCGCUGGAUGUGCUGCGGCAGCGAAUUAUCUUGGAAAUGGCACGAAGGCAGAUGCGGGAAAACACCAGACAGGUUGAACGAAACAAAGCCAUCCUGCGCGAGAUUGGCAAGCGAAGUCACGCCGAGUUUCGCAGCUCCGACGGCGACGACACCGAACUUGGCAGCCCGGCCGGACUGCUGCUGGACCGGCUGUACUACCCACCUCCGCCGAGACCGGUGGCCGAGUUGGCACCCUACCUGCGGCGUUUCGCUGGGUCCGCUGGGAGUGGUGCUGUAGAUUACGAUUUGGACUCGCGGGAGCAGCGGAAGUCCACCGGCGGGAGUAGCGGAAGCAGCAGCAACAACAAAGCCACCGAUGACAGCAGUAACAAUCCGAACGGAAAACCGAUUAAUGAGCAAAUUAGCAGUGGGCCGCUCACGUUGGCCAAGGAACAACGCCGGCUGGAACAGCAGGAAGAGGCGGAAAAGGCAGCUGGGGCGUUUCAUCCCCAGCAGCUGAGGUUCUCCAACGAUCGGCCAAUGGUACCCCCGAAUGACGGUUUUUUGGACGAUCCACGUGACGACGGCGACGUCGACGAUGACGACGAGGACGAAUAUCUUGCCGGUAACGAAGACUUGGUCAAGGGGCGGGAAAGACUUCAGCAGCUGCAGCAACAGCAACAACGCGACCAGAAGCUGAAAAGUGACAACGGUUACCGGCUAAGGUACUUGAACAACAUUCAAGCUAAAAUGUAUGGCUAAGUGGGCUGACUCGAGACGCAACUCCACGCAACUUCUCUGACAACUGAGCUACAUUACAAAACGAAACGGAAACUAGAGACAGGAACGAGGCAAAAGUAGGCAGCAACUAUGUGUGUGUGUGGCGCGAGGGGUAGACAAACUAUGAACGGAACUGGACAAACACGACCAACGUUAAGGAGACGCGCGAAUCGGACUAAACUACCCGAGGGCUGUU